AUGAGCGUGGAAGUUGUGCCGUUAGAGAUAAUCGACAAGACCAUCAAUCAAAAGGUAUGGAUCAUUCUGCAGUCUAACAGAGAGUUCACCGGCACCCUGGUGGGGUUUGAUGAUUUCGUCAACGUUAUCCUGGAAGAUGCCGUGGAGUGGGCCAAUGGCUCGGCGUCAAACGAGCUGGAAAAAGUCAUGGAGCACCAUGGCAGGCUUCUGCUGAGCGGGAACAACAUCGCAAUGCUGGUGCCGGGCGGCAAGCCGUAG